AUGGACCUCAUGAGGAAACGCCAGUUGUAUGCUAAACAAAGUAAAUGCUACUUUGCCCAGAAUAGAGUGGAGUACUUGGGACAUAUAAUUUCUGGAGAUGGUGUUGCAAUAGAUCCAACAAAAAUUGAUAGCAUGGUGAAUUGGCAUGUUCCCUCUAAUGUUAAAGCACUCAGAGGUUUCCUAGGCCUCACAGGGUAUUACAGGAGGUUCAUAAAGAAUUAUGGUUCUAUCAGCAAACCACUCACAUCCUUGCUAAGGAAGAAUGCCUUUGAAUCGAACCUAGAAGCAAAUGAUGCUUUUAAACAGCUCAAAAAGAUGCUAGUGGAAAGGGUAUUGGAGUUGUGUUGA